AUGCUCCGCCUAACUUCGUCCCUCGCGCGCUGUCGUCUCUGCUUCCCUGCCAUAUCCACUUCCUUACAGGGGUCUCGAUAUGGCUUCUGCGACGUCCGUUUCCUUUCCACCCUGCCUCGUAGGCCCGUCCGACCGCUGGCGGCGAGGAGGAGGGAGAGAGAGGAUGAUUCUUCGGUUGCGAAGGAGGCCCAGGGGGAGGAUGGGGGGGAAGGAGGCCCAGGGGGAAAUGGGAGAUUAGUGUUGAAAGAAAAAUCGGAUGGUCAAAAUGGCCGGGUUGUGCCAACGGAGCUCCAUAAGGAGGCAACGGAAGCUUAUAUGGCGUAUGCCAUGUCUGUGCUUCUUGGUCGUGCGCUGCCGGAUGUGAGGGACGGCCUGAAGCCGGUACACAGGAGAAUAUUGUAAGUCGGAGCCAAGCUAACUUUUUUCCUCGUAGGAAGAUUGUUUUUGCCGUCGACAUUGGUACUGAUUACACUCUACAUUAUGUCUUUGUUUUAUAAUAGUCAUUUCUCUUUUUUCCCUUUACCUUAUCCUCAUUCCGCUCUAUAACAAAAUCCGAAUGAUUAGAUAUUUGUCUGUUAUUUCAUAAUGUAAAUACUGUGCAUUUUUCUAUCUCCGGGUCUUUUGAUCCUGGUGGCUGCCUCGUGCGUGAACGAAGUCACAUGUGUCCCUUUUUGAGAAUCAUGCAUUCGCGUUAAAGUUUUUUCCAUGGCCCCAUUCACAUUUGUUUCCGACACCAAACCUGAUGUCAGUUGCCAUUUACCCGCCCGGACUUAUGCUUUCUUCUUGUUACAGAAAGGAGUGUCUAGCCUUAGAAAAAGGAACUAUGUAUUAUUUUUACCUUUCCUCGAUAUCAAGCUUAGUUUCCCUCUUUUUUGUUGUUGUAAACGAACCUCUCAUUAAAAUAACGGAGGUACAAGCCCUUCCUCUGCCCCCCGCCCACUUGUUGUAAAGGUGCGAAACGCAUAUUUAUUCUUCUAAAUAUUUUUCCGGCAAAUCUUUUGUAGAUGAUUCCACCUGUUUUGAUUUCUUAACUCUAGAUAUUCGGUUCCCGAAAUUUACGGAAAGGCUGUUAUUCGAUUUUUGGUGCUUUUUUCAUACUGAUAUCCUUCUUUUGAUAUAAGGUAAAGACAUAUUUUUAGUUUAUGAAAUAUAAAAUUUCAUUUAAUUAUUUCAUGAUGUUUCCAGAUUAGCUAAUUUUUUACUUGCGAUAUUUACCUUGACCUUGUCUGUUUAUGAUCUUGUGAUGGUGAUAAUUCAUUCAGUCACCUGUGAACUUGUAUGUGGACACAGGUACGCAAUGCACGAACUGGGUCUUUCCUCCCGAAAACCUUUCAAGAAAUGUGCAAGAGUUGUUGGAGAGGUAUCUCGCAAACCUUUUCAUUUUAAUGGCUGUUUUUGCUUGAUUAGCGUUCUUUAGCUGAUAGCUAUUUAUGUAUUUCAGGUUCUAGGUAAAUUUCAUCCUCAUGGAGAUACAGCUGUCUAUGAAUCUUUAGUUCGAAUGGCACAGGUCACUGCUAUCCCUCUUCUGAGUGAAUCCUUGUUGUUUGAGAAUUUCAGAUUUCUGUAUCUCCUUAGUCAUCCAGUCUUACUUCGGCUGAGAAUGAGAAGCAGUUAGAAUUCUGUAAUGACAGGAACCAGACGCAUGUCUUUUCCAUUUGUAUGCACUAUAUCAUGCAUCUUAAUCGCUGGGCUACCUCUUAAGUAGAAAAUUUUAGAACAGUGCGCAGAAACGAAAUAAUAUUUGCAAUCCCAAUACUGAAGUCAUUAUGAACUUCUUUCUUUCUUUAAAAUCAUAAAUGCUUUCAUUCAUUAAAGCAUAAAAGAACUCGACAAAUGUAUCAUCUCAUCAUCUCUGAAAGACGAUGAUAAAAGAAUAAACAUGUACACUUUAAUCUAGAUCAAUUUAAGACUAUGAUAUAACUAAGAUGUCUAUCUAAAACGGUUACAUUGUCUAUGUGCACCAUGGACAGUUCCUACUUAGAGAAGAGUUGCACAGUACCUAGCAUCUGCUUUCCUAGAGUCUAGUCCACAUAACAACGGGUAGUGAGAUGGUGUAAGGCCUUUUCACGCCUUUUUGUACUUUGAUUAUAACGACGAAGUCAUCUCAGGUAUUACUUCCUUUUGCUCUAAUAAACGCUUGUUGUUUCAUUGAACCAUCUUUGUUUUUUUAAACGGUGCAGUUUCUCUUGUUUUUGUUACGACCUUUUUGUUUUCUAAUAUUGGUUUAUAAUCUGUUUAUUCAGGACUUCUCAAUGCGCUGUCCACUUAUCCGAGGACAUGGAAACUUUGGAUCCAUUGAUGCAGAUCCUCCUGCUGCAAUGCGUUAUACAGAAUGCAGAUUGGAAGUAGGUUAUGAGAGUUCUCUAUGAGAAAACUCCUUUGUAUUCCGUUCUUUUUGAAGUGUUGUUUUCAUUUUGUAAUACUAGUUUCCUUAAAUUUUAAUACAACAUUUAAUAUCCUGCUUCCAUUUUAAAUCCUACUGCAACAUUUCAUUUUGUUCUUUCUUGUCGAAUAUCAUUCUUGAUAUUAAAAUGUUGUCUGUUUGUAUGUCUUUUGCCUUUUUUCUGAAUUCCACCAAUGCAGAGAUCAGUUUAUAUGUUUUCUCUUUGUGUUUUAAAGAAAUCGUUGUCUUGAUUUCCUCCACCACAUGAGGACUUAUUUGUUGAUCAUGUUUAAAACUGCAAUCAAUUUAUUUCAGUGUGUUAACUGUGUACCACUUCAUGUGGCAUUGUAAUCUUAAAGCGAUACUGUGUAAUCAAUUUAUUUCAUGUGGUUUUCAAUGUUACUAAAGUAAUGGCCAUGUCUUGUAAGCUAUCUAAGUUUUUAUUGAGUUUUGAGAAGCCAUUAACCCUUUUAUGGUAUUUAUCUCUGAAAGUCUUAUUUCUCAGAAGAUAUUACAAUUCCCUUUCUAUUAUUUAAUAGUGCGCAGUCUUCACUUUGCAAAUUGGGUAAAGUAUUGAUAUUUUAUUUUUAUAAGUUGUCCAGUGACAUGUUUAAGGACGUUAAUUUGCUCUAAAUUGUACAGCCACUUUCAGAAGCCAUGCUCUUGGCGGACUUAGAAUUGAAUACAGUGAGUUUCUCUUCUUUUCUUUUUUUCAUUUCAGUUUGUAAAGAUAGUUCCUUAUUUUUGAUUUACAUGCCUAGGUUGAUUUUAGUCCCAAUUUCGACAAUUCACAAAAGGAGCCAUCUGUUUUGCCAGCUCGUGUUCCAACUUUGUUGCUUAAUGGUUCUUCCGGUAUUGCGGUAUGGCCUGCACAUGAAUACUUUUUAGAUUUUUCUUGAUAAAUCACAAGUUCUCCCUUAUCUUGAAAUGAAUCAAUCCUUGAUUUUUAGGUUGGGAUGGCGACAAAUAUUCCUCCCCACAAUCUUGGGGAGCUUGUGGACUCACUUUCUGCAUUGAUUCGGAACCCCAAUGCAACUGUAAGAGCGAUCUUCCAUCCUAUUGCCCAUAGUAUGCUCUUUAAUUGCAAAACUUCAGUUCUAGCAUAUAUCUCAAUUUAACAGAAGCGACUCACGCGUCUUACUGUUCUGCUUUUAUGGAUUGGGCUUUUAGUCACAGUUUUGUAAAUUAUAAUGCACUAGUACCUGUGAUACUAUUGCAGGGUAAUAAUAUGUGCGGUUAACUGCCUGAGGAUGAAGGUUUUCCUCUUUUGGACUCUGCUCAGAAUGUCCUCUUCUAAUGAUGGCCCAAUUUUAUGACCGAAGCACCUAGAAGAGCAAAAUGCAUUAAGCUUCAAAUCAUACCUCAUAGGGAUAUCUUUUGGUAAUUCUGGCUUGAAUUAUUCAGCUUUAUGGCCAUUGCGGGGUACAUGUAUGUACAUUUAUUGCACGAAAGGAUGGCAUCUGUACAUGUGCAAUGACAGUUAUCGCGAUAAAAACAAGACUGCAUGCAAAGUGUUCGAUUAUUGGACUUUUCAUCUCAAAACAUUUGUCAUUGUGUGGAAAUGAUUCAUUGUUGAUAAUAGGAUCUGACUUGUUUUCAAUGGGAAACUACUCAAGUAUAACCCCUCAGAUUUAGGCUGAACUUUUUGAGUCUGCAAUGUGAGGAAACAUACAGAGGUGCAGCUUGGGAACAAUGUUUACGGGCUUCAGUGGGGUGAGGUUGACCAGAAUCUGCCCCCUUUUUUUAUUAUAUGUCUGUGCUGUAACACUGACCUUGUAUGCCGUCUACUUCCACUCAAACAUCCCCAACUGAUGCAAUAGAAUCAUACUUGGUAAGUUUUUUUAUGCAUGCUUUAAUAACCAACAGAAGUGGUGCAGGUUCUUUUUGUGGGCAAGGGCGAUGGAUCCCCUUUCGAUGUCAUGAAGUCAAAGAAGCAUAUCUUUAUAGAUGUUUUAAGUCUUGCAAGUGAGCAGUGGAAUUUGUUUCUGGGCUUGUCAUUAGAAAACUCAAAUUAUACAAUUUUUAAUCGAGAUUUAUUUAGGUGUUAGAGCAGCAAUCGUUUGAUCAAUUUUCAGACUGCUACCACAGCCAUCUUUUAGUCUUACAUGUACUUUGAAUUUCAUUGGUGUUUUCCAGUCUCAAUUCUGAAGCACCUGCAAAGCACCAUGUGCACAUUGUGAAUUUCAACUUUUUUAUCUUGCCAUGUAUCUUAUCAACAUCUUCAUUACGUGUUGAUCUGAGGACUUAAUUUAUCUGGUCUGAGACCAGCAAUCUUGUGGCAUUCACUUUUAAGUCUCAAUGAGGGUAAUCAACAUUUCAUAUUUUGUGUUUUCUCUGUAGUUGUCUAACUCCAGGUUAAUCUCGACUUUUUAUGUUUUAUUCUUUGUAGAAUUGAGCACCCGUUGAACUGCCUUCUAUUUUUAGCCACUUGAUGUUGGUACUUGCCGUCAUUCUUUUGUUGUUUGUAUUAGCUACAAGAAUUGCUGGAGCACAUGCCUGGACCUGACUUUCCAACUGGAGGACUAAUCAUGGGGAACAGUGGGUAUGGUGUAUCCUUCACUUUUACCCCCAUAUUGUUAUUGUGCCACCGGCGUCUCUAUUCAAUGCAUAUAAUGUUUGGUUGCUAUGAUUUGUCUCAUGAUUAUAUUUCCUUUUUUGUCUUAAGCAUCUUAGAGGCAUACAGAACUGGACGUGGGCGCGUAGUAGUGAGGGGAAAAACUGAAGUAGAAGUAGAUGCAAAAACAAAACGUGCUGCUAUUAUCAUUAAAGAGGUAUAAUUCUGAUUUUUUGUUUUACGUUUUAGAGAUUCUUUUUCAUCUGGUACGGUUUCUGACAUCGUUUUGUAUUUUUAGGUUCCCUACCAGACCAACAAAUCUGCAUUAGUGGAGAAAAUAGCUGAUCUUGUAGAGAAUAAGGUUGUCUUCCUCUCCCUUUUCUCUCUUUCUUUCAUUUUCUGCAUAUGCGAUAAUUGUUUUUUUUUUAUAAAGGUGGGUAUCUAGACUUAUCUCUCUGCUGUUGAUUUCAUUUUUUUUCUUUUUUUUCCCUUCUGAUCUCAAAGAAUAACUUCUGUUGCAGUUCAUGAACUGUUGAAUUUGCUUUUUUCUGAUCCCAAGGAAUAUAAUUAUUUUCCAUUACUAUUGCAGACAUUAGAAGGAAUUAGUGACAUUCGUGAUGAAAGUGAUCGUUCAGGGAUGCGCAUAGUAAUUGAGGUGCGCCUUGUGUCUUUUUUCAAUUAUGAUUCCUGUGAUCGUUUCAGAUAACAUGCCGCAGAGCCUAAUGCUUUGAGAAUUGUGCCAAUAUAUGAUGUUUCGAAUUCUCUACUUUCUUUGUAAUGGUUCAGACAUCUUAUUGGUGAAACUAAAGUUCAGAAAUGGCUCUUUGUACAUAGUCAACAUCUCCAGAGUCAUUAUAACCACUGGAUCAUUGUAUAUAAUUGUUUAGUAAUGUGGGGCUGGCACUUGAUAUGAGGUUCUGACACUAUUGGGUCAUUAACUAAAAUAUUCAAGGACGUGUCAUUCUUUAUUGUUUGAUAUUGCUUGCUUAUAGCCUUUUUCUUGCAGCUGAAAAGAGGAGCAGAUCCCUCCAUAAUUCUGAAUAAUCUUUUCCGACUUACAUCUCUCCAAUCAAGUUUUAGCUGCAAUAUGGUCUGGUGAGUGUUGCAAUAGUAUAUGAGAUUUAUGUCUUAGUGAUUGGAUCCUUCUUUUCUUUAUGUUACCUGCUGAAUUAUGCAUCAACCAGUAACCUAGUUUUCCACAUUCGUGCUGGUCUUCGUAGAUGCACAUUUUAUUUCGUUCCCAAAAGCGUCAUCGUAUUUUUAAUGUUCUUAUUCUGUGUUUCUGAUUGAUUGUCUGUGACUGCUUAUCUUGUCUGUACAUGGACUACCGAUUCAUGAUCAAAUAGUAUAUGAUCCUUCGUUCGUUUAAAUUUUAUGCAUGUCUAAUGGUUUUCAUAUCCAUGACGGUAAUGAUUUGUUUCUUAUUUUAGUGAGCACAGUGUCUCGCAUGGAUUAUGAGGAAAUAAAUCUUCAACAAAAAUCCCUCCAGAUGUACCCAUAAUUAUCGUUAGUAUAACACUUGUCCAACUAUGAAAAGGAUCAUAUGACUCAGGAUCAGUGUUGUGCUCUGGUUAGAAUUGCAAUACUACAGUGGACGCAUUGAAUGACUUGGGACAUGAGCAUAUAGAAAGAGUAAUUUAUCUCAUUUCCUGAAGUGUGUAGUGUGCUAGUUACUGUGUAAAGAGUAAUGUUGAAAUAUAUUUAUAAAAAGCAUUGUGGCAUCGUUAUCAAAGCAUUGAACGGAUGUAAUGAAAAAUUACGAGGUUCAUCCGUACGUACUGUUCGUCAAUUAUUUCAUCUGGUGUUGUCACCUGUUGUUGCUUUUUACUUUGAAUUCUGGUUUUUUGCAGCAUUCUUGAUGGUCAGCCAAAGCUGAUGGGUUUAAAAGAAAUGCUCGAGGUAAUUCAUGUCUCAUAGAUUCAGUUUCUCGUGUAUUGUUAUCUUCAUGCCUUGUUUUUAUGCCUAUAUUACAAACAGCGAAUGGUCUGGCUGUUGUCAUGCUUUUGCUUUCUUGACUUAGUUCUUACUAUUUAGCUUGGUUAUGUAUAGUCUUUUUUUUCUCCUUUGCAAAUUUAUCGAAGUUAUUGGAGGUUUGAGCACUUGGUUCAUCAUUAACCUACUUUACUCGUUGGCUCUAAUUCAGUACGUUGGGAAAGUGCAUUAUUUUUUCGGCUGUUAUUUACCCCCACCUCCUUAGUAACUGCUUUUAUCCAAUCCUUUAAGCUUUGGGUGCACUUUCUUCGUAAAAAGUUCAAACUUAGUAUUUACCUCUCAUUAAUUGGGGCCUUAUUAUCAGUUUCAAGGUUUUUUACUUUUCACACUAUCUUCUAUUGUGACCUCUUUGAAUAAGAGAUUCCUUCUGAACUCUGAACUCGUUUCUCAUCACCAAUAGUUGUAUAUUGAUUAUCUUCCAGGAAUCUGUCAUAUUCUUCUGUGUAUUAGCGUCCCCAGAGAUGGCCAACAUUACCUGAAUGCAGAUCAUGGAAAAGUUAAAGAAAAAAAUUGUUGACACUAUGUCAGUUCAAUAAUUUUUAAUGUCUAGGGCAGAACAAUGAGCAUUUACUGUAGACUGUAGCUGUUCCAGAAUCAUCAUUUUGGAUGCGAUUGAUUCAUUACUAUCAUCAUUUUGGAUGGCAUUUUAAGCAUGACCACAUUAGUUCACUGCUGGAUCGAGCUCAAGAACUGUUCAAUGCAAAUAAUUUGUGGGAAACUAAAUUCUUCGUUUUGCAACUUAAGGUCUGCAGUUAGGGAGCAAUUCUACGCCGUUCUUGUAGUCUUUUGUAGAAAUUUAGUCUCCCAUCCGUAUCCAUUUUCAAUUGCAUUAUGGCAUUUCCUUAUCAGGACCAUGUAGUAUUUACUCUCUUCUGAGAAUUUUUACAAUGCUCAUUAUUAAUGUUUCUCAGCUAAAAUAAUUGAAAGAUCUGGGUGGCUUUCUUUGGAGUUCACAUGGUGGGGUGAACAAGUAUCUUCAUACUGGUUCUCUGGCACAAACAAAACCCAUUUUUGUGGGGCUCAAAUGGAAUAUCAACUAAUUAGUGAACUACCUGAUUAGGAUCAAAUUCUAAACAUUCAGCUUUCAUUGUAUGACUUAGAUUUCAUUGUCUGAUUGGGUUGAUAUCUUGGCACUUCCCCCACUCCAUUGACGCGCCCCUGGUUCAUAACUGUAGUAUUCAUUUCAGCCUGUUAUUGGGUUUUAUUUGAUCACUGUCUUUGAAGCCUAAAAGAGUUGCACUUAUUGUGGAUAUUCAAAUCCAUUACGUUCUGUAUACAUGAUUCUUUGAUCAGCAGGCAUUCAUCCUUCUGUCUAGUUUUGUUCAUCAUGGUCCUUUUUUUGCAGAAAUCGUAGCCUUGGUGAACUUCUACUGUUUUAGUAACGGCCUACGCGAUUCGGUCUGUUAAAAGAGGUCAAUCAUACUAUUGAUCGUUAGUUCAUAAUGGGCUCGAACGAAAGCUUAUAAUACUACGUUGCUGAUAUAUUUACUUAUUCCAUUUCCAAAAUUAAUAAAAUGAACCUAAGGGCAGAUGUGGCUGUGACUAUCAUCUUUCUUUUGUGCUGUGAAUUUUUUUUCUUGAUGUGUGGGUAUAACUAAACUGUUCAUGCCUAAAGUAAUGGUUCCGACUCCAACCAUCUGAUCGACAUUGAUUAUGCUGCGCCUGUCUCACAAUUCCCAUUUCUUCUUGCAUGUCUUUGGAGUUUUUCUUUUUGAAUCUGGAAACUGUGUUUUAACUUUUUUUUUGUCCAUUUUUUUAGGCCUUCAUCGAUUUUAGGUGCUCUGUUAUUGAGAGGCGAGCAAGACAUAAGCUUUCUCAGGCACAGGAGCGCAAACACAUUGUUGAGGUAUGUCAUGACAUAUUUGUGGCCCUUACAAAACUACUUUGAUGCUUAUUUGUAUUUUUUUUUUUCAGGGUAUAGUCAUCGGCCUUGAGAAUUUGGAUGCUGUGAUUCAUAUCAUCAGAGAAACGUCAAGUCAUUCAAUGGCCUCAGCUGCUUUAAUGAAUGGUACAAGACAUGGUUGCUUUGAUUUAAUUCCUUUUUUGGGUUGAUGCUUGAGCAUGAUGACGUCAACCAUGCUUGAGCAUGAUUGCUAGUUGUUCAGAUCAGGAGGGUCUGUGAUCAAAUAAAAUGGUGUUGUUGGUGUUGUUUUCUCUUUCUUUUAAGUGUAUGCUACCUGUAGGCAAGAAAAGUUAUUUCUCAUUUCAAUACGUUUUUCAUAGAAUCUCGUUCAAGGAUUUUUGGGAGAGUGCAUGCAUUUCAGAGGGCGUUUAUAAGUCAACUGAGGGUGUCCGAUUUUGUAACCUUAGGUGCUACCAUAUUAAAUGUCUGAUAGCCCUCAAGAGACCAUAUCGAUUUAGUUGUUUGCUAACAAUCCUUCUCUUUUAGUAUCUCUUGCCUGAACUGUGGGAAAUUUGAUGGUAGAGAAGAGGAAAAAAUAGUUUAUAGGUGUUUUCCAAUGAAGUCCGAAUCAAACCCUGAUUUUUAUAGGAAUCAUCUUUAGGACUAUGUUGAUCUAUAUUGUUGGUAAUGUCUAUGCUUCUAUAUUUGCUUAUUUCAUCUUUCCUUAUUUUUUAUAAGUUUGGUUUUUUUCUCCUAAUGAUGAUAGUCCAUGUCAUUUUCCAUUCAUCAUGUUCUAAUUUCAAUAUUCUGGUAUUAUUUUUGCAAGUACCUGAAUCAUCUUUUGAAUGGUGGUAUUCCUAUGUUAUGUUUCAUUGGCUUUUCAAUUUAAUCCUGAAAAAAUCUCAUUAAAAUGUUCUCAGAAGACUUUUAAUGUGUUUAAAAUUGGUUUUGAGAUAGUAUUUAUUUUUAAUUUUAUGAAGAGUAUGGGUUAUCGGAGAAGCAGGCUGAAGCCCUGCUGGACAUAACCUUGAGAAAACUGACUUCCCUGGAGGUAGGCUUUGAAACCUGUGGAUCAUUUUUGUAGGAGAACUUUUUUUAUCUGCAGUCACUGUGAUUGAGAAUAUCGUUUUGCAUUGCUGUAGAGAAAUAAAUUUAUUGAAGAGGGUCAAUCUUUGACAGAACAAAUAAACAAAUUGAAUGACCUCCUGUCCAGCAAAAAGCAUAUGCUUCAGGUAAUCAUUCUUUGCCGUCGAAAAGCUAGUUUUCUUGUGAUUCUAAACGUUGUCAUGGAAUCCGGGAAAUGCACUUUUAAUAAGUAUUUCGCGUUUCUUCAACCAAUGCUCUAGAUGGGUCCGACAAUGCUUUUAAUUAUUAAAGCCUUCCUUUAGUCAAGAAAUCGGCAUGCAAAUGAACUACUUGCCGUUUUCGUCUUUAUUGUAGAUUUCUUAUAAUGGCGUGUAGUUCCUUGCAGCUUUGAUUCAAAAAAUUAAGCUGAUCUAAGCUGAUCAAGAUUGGUCUUGACUCUGAAUAGUGAUCUGUUAAUGCCCCUGCUACCUAGUAGUAAGUGGGACAAGAAAAAAAUCUGAUGAUAGGAGUCAGGGUUGUAGGGCAGGGAAGGGAGUGCAUAGGGGAAUGAAGAUAUGAAUGAAAAAAUGAUUAUUUUACAAGAUAUAUAUCCGUGUUACUGCUGAUGGGGGACAGCACAGGCAAUUAUGCUGGCAGCAUGGCAGGCCGCUCUCUAACUUUCUCUUCCUCAGACCUAACCAUCCUGAACCCCGAGCCAGAGGCAAAAUGUUUUAUUGAUUGAGACUCUUUUUCCUUUUUUGGGUGACGGUUGCGUUUUUUUCCUAAGGGUGGUUUUGGGAGGGAAGGAAGAGGUUCUAUGGAUUGGAUAACUUGACCUAAAUAAGUUUUAGCUUAAGGAAGUUCAGCUUCUGGCGUUAAUUAUUUUGAUCUAAAGUUGAAGCCGAUUUCUGAAAAGUUCUAUGUCAUUAAGUCAUUUGUAUGGCUAAAAAAGAACAUGAUUACUGGAAGCCAAAAUGAAUUCUGGGUUUGGGUAUUUAAGGAAUCUGGAUGUCUGAGAGUAAAAGCAAUAACUGGCUAAGUUGUGAAACAAGGGAACUGGUGUCUUCAAACAUUGGCAACCUUUUUGCAAUUGAAAGGAUUUUCCGACUUUGUGAUUUUACCUGCGGGAAAAGUUUUCAUUUAUUAAACAUUAUUAAAAUUCAGCGAUCGGUCAGUAGGCCUGUCUUCUAUCAGAUUUAUUUUCCUUUCUAAUCACAUACUCUCCCAUAUAUAGUAAUGCCCUGGCUGCUCAACAAAUGUAGACCGUGUGCCAUGUCUCUAUAACCGGAGUCAGAUUGAGAAUCAUGGGCUGUGCAUAUGUGCUGAUCUGUCGACGAUGUCGAUACAAUGAUGUGACAUGGUUUACUAUGUGGAAAGCAGACCAAUUGGCAAUACAAGGGCACUCAGAGUGUCAACAAAGGACGAGCUAAGAAUCGAAACAUCUGAGAAAACUCUUAGUCCUUAAGACUUCCUUAAACUCAGGCAAUAUGAAAGCAGCCUCCCCUUUUGUAGAAUUCUGAUAUAGAAAGGUCUAUUCUGUUGUGUUUCCACUGUCGAUUCACCCGUAGAUACCAUGAAGGUAUAGCAUGCAUUAUAAUUAUCUACAGUUCGUUUUCCAACAUAAAACUUGAGGAUGGGCAGAAGAGGAAUAUUUUCAUUAACAUGUGCAAUGCCGCCCAACAUAAUUUUCUACAAUCUACCUUCCGACCAUUGUGCAAGAGGAAUUCUACAAAUAAUUUUUGGUGCCCAUAUUUGAAUCCCAGUGUAGUUCGACUUUCUCUAGGAAAUUUCCACCGAACUCCAAAUUAAAGGCAGUGUAUAAAUUCACUUCUGUCCUUGCGAUUAAUCAAAUUUCAUAAUACUGUUUUGCCUGAGCCGUCAUCAAAGCUAAAUCUGUAGAUAUGUGGAAGUGUGGAAGUUUCUAGAAAGCGAUGUUUCCCUCAAAUCUUCGUCUGGCUUGUACUUCUCCCCCAUAUCUUGGAGGAAAAAGUGGAAUAACCGGCGGCUGAGACUAUUUUUGUUUCUCAGCUUGAUUUCAACUCCUAAGCCGGUUAUCCAGGGUCAGGACGGUCGGACUAGCUUUCCAGGCUAACUCAGUCCCUUGUCAUUUCUGUCACUGGUCCACAUUCUAUAAUUAUGCUUCCUCUAGCCUACCAGGCAGUUAUCUGAUCUAGAAACUAUUAGAUCGUCAAUUUUUAGCCUUCUUUUGCUAACUGUAUCUCGUCUAAGUAGAUAUAUCUCUUAUUUUUUUCAUACCAUAGCCCUCCCAGAAGACACAUUUCUUGUGGUUUAAUUGCUAGUGGACCCAAUCUCCGUCACAUUUUCUUAUGAAGAGAAACGUUGACAUUCCAGGACUCACUAUAAUAACCAGACUAUUCAACAUAUAGUUUGCCAGCUUCUUUUUUUUUACAUAUUGUAGUUUUGCGGUUUCCCUCUGUCCAUCUGUCUCUUCAGUAUUAUACUGAGUGCUUUUUAAAACUAAUCGUAAAAUAUAGCGACAAUAUUUGGCUUGCUUCUGUUUAUUGGUGUCUCUGUCUUACGUUAUUAUGCUGAUUGAAUCGGGGAUAGUUUCUCCAUGAUUAUAUCUGAUAUCUGAUCCUUUAAAUGAGCAUUAGCAGUUGUAUUUUGUCAUGCUAGUUGGUUAUAUAAGGAACGCUUGAAGAAGACUUACUUUACCUCAGGUCAUUGAACAAGAAGCAGUCGAUAUAAAGAAUAAGUUUGCGACUCCAAGGCGCUCUUUAUUAGAAGAUUCGGAUGGGAGUCAACUGGAAGAUAUAGAUGUGAUCCCAAAUGAAGUAAUGCUUCUGGUAUGAAGAUCUACAGCACGUUUCUGAACCAAACAUGAUCUGACUCUUUUCUUUAGUGUUUUCUUGUCAACGCUUUUUAGUCAAAGUUUAACCUUGACGUAUUUGUUUGCAUUAUUUCAGAACGAUUUAUACCUAACCAUGAGUUUAAUUACUCCUUUUGUUAGGCUCUCAGUGAGAAAGGCUACAUUAAGCGCAUGAAGCCAAAUAAUUUCAACUUGCAACAUCGUGGAACUAUUGGAAAAUCUGUGGGAAAAAUGCGAUUGAAUGAUUCAAUGUCCGACUUUCUUGUGUGUCAGGCCCAUGAUCACAUACUAUACUUUAGGUAUGUUCUAGUUUCACUAAAUAUGUAGCUGUGGUUUUUCACUUAAUUUCUGCUGUUUAACAUUCAUAAAAGAAUGUUUUUUUCAGUUAGAAUCAUAAAAGAAUGUUUAAUUUCACUUGUUGAGAUGAUUUGGGCGGAUCAGCCGUCUUCUUCAUAUUGUCACCUUGUUUCAUCAUAAAUGCAGAAUUAUCUACUUCUGAACUUGACAUCAUCAAUUUCCUGCGACUUUCCUCAUUUAAGAUGUCCGAAAUAGCUUCAUCUAACUCAACUCUUUUCUCACGGCUCAAUAUCUGUUCCCUGACCUGAUCAAACAGAGAGCUAAGACCAGCCAAGAAUUUAAACACUCUCCUUCUGUCUAUGAAAUCUCGUAAUGCAAUAAUUUCAGCAGGUUUUUCGGUGUCAAGACUAAGAUACUAGUCAAGUUCCACCCAUAGAUUCUUUGAAUCUCCUGCAGAUUCUAUCACUGUUUUACUCCCUUGCAUCAUUGACAUUGACUUUGUCUCAAGUUCAUAUAUGUGAGCUUCAUUGUUUUUCUGUGAAAAUUUGGUGUGAACCGUCUCCCACAAGUCCUUGACAGUGGCUAAGAAGAAAAAAUCACAGCUGAUUUGGGGAAUCAUGGUUCCCUAAAGCCAAGUUUUAAUCAGGGCAUUCUAUUCUCUCCAUCUUCGAAAUUCUCUUGACAUUGGGUCUGGUUUCCCCUCUAUCAAGUGGUGUACUACGCCUCAUUCAGUUAAUAGUUCAUGUAUAUACUCUGACCAUUGUAUCAGAUUAUAUCCCGUCAGUUUAAAAUCUAGAGGCAUUGCAGGGAGUUCUAUCAAUAACCUUGUGCCUCUAGGGAGAAGAUUAACCUCCCUUGUGGAGAUUUAAUCACCCCCAGAAGAUGUAACAACAUCUCCUGUAGCCUCCAUUUCAAGAAAUAUUCAAAUCUUGACGAAAUCUUGAACUUCCCGAAAAAACUGAUUUCGUGACCAAAUCUUGAACGGAAAUAUUCAAAGAACGGUACAAAGAGCGUAAUUGCAGAAUCACUAAGUGCCGAAGCAAAUUAGAGCGAUCGCACCUGUAUUUGCUCUAUGAAGAGGCCGCAGAGAUGGUGUGUCACUCGCCAGAUAGAUGUGGUACCAACAGCAGUGGUACCUCCCUCACAACUAACCAGAUCGUCAAGAAAGAGGGAUUCGAAACCCUCACUUUGGCUCUGAUACCAUGUAGAAUGGUAAUCCUCAAUUUGGUGUGCUGGAGAGUUCGCUACACCUUUGGAGAGGAAGAAAAAGCUUUAUUGAAUGAAAAACUAGAAUCUGUUUUACAGGACGGAUGGGGUCCAGUAUUUAUACUAGACUCUUGAGAGUACAUGAUUACAUGUAUUCAGGGCAUAAUUGCCAAUAUGAAAGUACAAGGUUUAUUUAUAAAAUCCUCACGACAACAGCUUGCAUUAUAGAAACUAUUUCGUUUGAUAAAGGUGGGUCCAGGAAAUAUGAAGCAAAGUAUGUCCUGAAAUAAGAAAUAUAUAGUUGACAUGAAAAGAGUAGGGUUAGACCUGUUGGAGUCGGAGACCUAAAACAUGAGAUUGUUCUAACUUAAGGUUAUUACUUUCGAAAAUUUAUUGCAGAAAGAUAUUGAAAUUUAUCUGGAUGUUGUUUGGUUGCCUGAUCCUUGUUUGUUUUUUAUAAUAAUAUUCAUUGUGUCAAUAGCUUAACUAUAGAUAUAUACCACAGUGAUAGGGGAAUAGUGUACUCAGCUCGUGCAUUUCGGAUACCUGAAUGCACCCGCAGUGCUGCUGGAAUGCCAUUAAUCCAGGUGCGCUGAUCUUCAAAAUGGAUUAUUUAUUUCGAUUUGCAAUUUGUAGCUUAUAUUUUUCCUUUUUCUUUCUCAUGGCCUCCAGCUUUUAUCAUUGUCCGAGGGAGAGAGGAUAACCUCAAUCAUCCCUGUCAGCGAAUUCAUUGAAGACCAAUAUCUAGUGAUGUUAACUGUGAAUGGAUAUAUCAAGAAAGUUUCUCUCAACGUCUUCUCAGCUAUUCGAUCCACAGGGAUUAUUGCAAUACAGCUGGUUCAGAGCUCUAUCCGCUUCGAUUUGUAGAUUCCGUUACUUAUGUUUCAUGCUGGAUACUAGAGUCAUUUUAAUUUCUGGUUUCUUUUGCAGGUUCCUGGCGAUGAGCUAAAAUGGGUUCGCCGUUGUGCUGAUGAUGAUCUUAUUGCUAUUGCUUCUCAGAAUGGGAUGGUUAUUGUUAACUCCUGUAACAGGGUAAUGACAACCUUUGUGAAGAUAUGUGCGUUAGUUUGACAAUGGAAUAUGAGAGAGGCAUCCUGUUUCCUCAUAUCAACUCUCUUUUAAAACCUGGAGGAAACUAGAUUCGUUGAAAUUUAUUAUUUUAUUCCUGUGCUUGCUCAAUCGUCUAGAACUUUCCAUUGCUGUCUUGAACUACACAUUCUGUAGAUUUCCCAGAGAAUUAGCAGAAUGUUUUGAUGGCUUGUUCUGGUCAAAUAUGUAUGCCUGCCUUACGAUAAAUCAAGAUUUUCUCUAUGCCUAAGCUUGGUAGAUUUUUACCAUGAGAAGGACUUUAGAGCCAAUUUGGUGGUUCAGUCGUGGAACACAAAUCGGGCUGACAGAAUAAUAUCUCUGUGAUGCCUUCUAACUCGUGGACCUGCGAUUCUCUAUUAUCCCGAACAUUGAUCGAUUUUUUAAAGGCUGGUCAUCUGAAGCAGGGUGCUUAACAUUUGGCGGGAUGUAGUAGUGGUAGAUUUUAUAGCCUUAAAAUAAAUAGGGUCUACUGGGAUGGAUAAGAGCACAGGUUGUAGUGUUGGAAACCUCUGGCGUACUGGUUGAGAUACAUAAUCCAAGAAAAACCAGAUGUUGUGCGUCUUUUUAUUCGUUAAUGUUUCUCUCUUAAUCUUCGACAGUAUUACAGUAUUUGCAUUUUGCUCUUUCUUAUUUUGACGUGUGCUGCGAGAUCUUCAAUGAUUUGACGUUUCUCAUUGUGAUUGAUCCUAGCUUCGAGCGAUUGGAAGAACCACCAGGGGUGUUAUGUCCAUGAAACUGAGGGAGGGUGAUAAGAUGGCAUCCAUGGACAUAGUUCCUGCAGCCAUGCGCAGGGACCUAGAGAGGAUCAGGGAUCAACAUGGAACCCAGUGAGCUGCAAUUUCAUCCAUAUGUUGUUUGUAAUUGUUUUUUCGUAUGGCUCUCCAUCAUUGAGCUCUGGGAUAUCAUCCUUUGAAGUCCUUUUUUUUCUGUGGUAAAGAUAUUCGCAAGGGUUCUCCUAUCCCUGAUCUACAGUUUCUUAAUCUUUUACAGGGCAAAAGAUCUUGGACCCCCAUGGCUUCUUUUUGUGUCUGAAAGUGGUAACGGGAAGCGUGUCCCUCUGAAUAGCUUUCGCAUGUCAAAUUUUAAUAGAAGGGGGUCCAAAGGGUACAAGGUGAUCAUACCUUCUUUUUUUUUCCUUAUUACUUUUCUUUCUAAUUUUGCUUGUGCACGCACGCUCAGUGGAAAACUAUUGUAGAAAGAUGUCAUGAUGAUACUAAGUUGCUCCCUCCCAAAAUGCAGCUUCCCACGGACCAUUCUCUCGCUGCCGUGUUCGUCGUCGGAUUCUCUCUGUCAGGUGGGUGCAAGUUCUUUUAUGUCUGUUUUUUUCCCAACGUUCCCCGUCUACGUCUGGCGGCUCACAAUGAUGGGUGACUUCCCAGAGGAUGAUGGUGAAAGCGCCGAACAAGUCGUCCUAGUUAGCCAAAGUGGGACGAUUAACCGAAUCAAAGUCCGAGAUAUUUCCAUCCAGUCGCGUUUCGCAAGGUAAUGUCUGUUUACUUCUCAUCCGUAAUUCUCCUUCUGUAGUUUUUUUCGACUGGUGUACUUGCGAUUAUUCUUAUGAGACUGGAGCGAUGCGUCUAUUCUUCUGUGGUAAUGUUUGGUGCAGUCGCGUUUCACAAUGACUUGUGGUAUUUCUCAGGGGCGUUAUUCUUAUGAGACUGGAGCACGCCGGGAAGAUCCUCUCCGCCUCGUUGAUAUCUGCGACAGUAGACGAUGAAGACGACGGCGACGACGACGACGUUAGGGAUGCCACUGCCUGA